CGUAGAGAGGAGCGUGAGCCAGACACUGAGCUUUCCUGCGGGCCUGCGCUGGACCGGAGGGUCCCCAGCAGUGAACGAACGGGGGACAGACGGGAGGGGACGGCGUACGUGCCCUGCGUGAGUGCGUGGUUGCGGCGCCUGCGCGAAGCGAGUGGACGGUGUGGUGGAAUCCACGUGCGUCCCUCCCCGCGACCCUGCGGCUUGGAGCGUACGACUCCAUGAGCCGAGACCCUCCCGCACCCGCGCCCCACUCUGAGCGGCCGGUCCCAUUCUCCCGUCCCGCAGGCUCUGUAGCCUGGGCCGGUGGUCCCUUAUUACCAUGGUGACUGUGGGCAACUACUGCGAGGCCGAAGGGCCCGUGGGUCCGGCCUGGGCGCAAGACGGCCUGAGUCCCUGCUUCUUCUUUACGCUCUUGCCCUCUACACAGAUGGCCCUGGGGGCUCUGGCCUUGGUGCUGGCCUUUCCCUGCAAGCGUCGGGAGCGCCCUGCUGGCACUGACGUUCUGUCUUGGGGGGCCGGCCCUAGCGUCGCUCCCUAUGGGCUGCAACUCCUUCUGGCCACGCUUCAGGUGGCACUGCCCUUGGCCGGAUUAAUCGGCAGGGUGGGCACCGCCCAGGGAGCCCCUCUACCGGGCUACCUAUUACUGGCCGCUGUGCUGGGGACCCUGGCCAGCGCCUGUGGCCUGGGGCUGCUCAUGAUGGACCGGAGGCAGGCACGGCAGAGGCUGGCGAUGGGCGUCUGGAUGAAGCUCAGGCACAGCCCCGGUCUCCUGCUCCUCUGGACUGUGGCGUUUGCAGCUGAGAACUUGGCCCUGGUGUCCUGGAACAGCCCGCAGUGGUGGUGGGCAAGGAGGGACUUGGGCCAGCAGGUCCAGUUUAGCCUGUGGGUUCUGCGGUAUGUGGUCUCUGGAGGGCUGUUUGUCCUGGGGCUCUGGGCCCCCGGACUUCGUCCCCAGUCUUAUACCUUACAGGUGAACGGAGAAGACGGAGAUGUAGAGAGGAGCCAGGUGAGGUCGUCAGAGCAGGCACAGAGAUCUACCUGGAGAGACCUCUGCAAGAAGCUUCGCCUAUUGAGUGGCUACCUAUGGCCUCGGGGGAGUCCAGCACUGCAGCUGGUUGUACUCAUCUGCCUGGGGCUCAUGGGACUGGACCGAGGAUUGAACUUGUUGGUCCCCAUCUUCUAUAGAGACAUUGUGAACUUGCUGACGGCAAAAGCACCAUGGAACUCCCUGGCCUGGACUGUGACCACUUAUGUCCUCCUCAAAUUCCUUCAGGGAGGUGGCACUGGCAGUACAGGUUUCGUCAGCAACCUGCGCACCUUCCUGUGGAUCCGCGUUCAGCAGUUCACUUCACGCCGGGUGGAGCUGCGCCUCUUCUCGCACUUGCAUGAGCUCUCACUGCGCUGGCACUUGGGGCGCCGCACAGGGGAAGUGCUGCGGGUCGUGGACCGGGGCACAUCCAGUGUGACAGGGCUGCUCAGCUACCUGGUGUUCAACAUCAUCCCCACGCUGGUCGAUAUCAUCAUUGGCAUCGUCUACUUCAGCAUGUUCUUCAAUGCCUGGUUUGGCCUCAUUGUGUUCCUGUGCAUGAGCCUUUACCUCACCCUGACCAUUGUGGUCACUGAGUGGAGAGCCAAAUUUCGCCGCUCAAUGAAUACUCAGGAGAACGCGACGCGGGCACGCGCAGUAGACUCUCUGCUAAACUUCGAGACGGUGAAGUACUACAAUGCAGAGGGUUAUGAAGUGGAACGCUACCGAGAGGCCAUCAUCAAAUAUCAGGGUUUGGAGUGGAAGUCAAGCGCCUCACUUGUGUUGCUAAAUCAGACCCAGAAUCUGGUGAUUGGCCUCGGGCUCCUUGCUGGCUCCCUGCUCUGUGCUUACUUUGUCAGUGAGCAGAAGCUGCAGGUCGGGGACUUCGUGCUCUUUGGCACUUACAUCAUUCAGCUGUACAUGCCCCUUAACUGGUUUGGCACCUACUACAGGAUGAUCCAGACCAACUUCAUCGACAUGGAGAACAUGUUUGACCUGCUGAAAGAGGAGACAGAGGUGAAGGACCUUCCUGGAGCAGGGCCCCUUCAUUUUCAGAGGGGCCGGAUUGAGUUUGAGAACGUGCACUUCAGCUAUGCUGAUGGGCGGGAGACCCUGCAGGACGUGUCCUUUACGGUGAUGCCUGGACAGACUCUGGCCCUGGUGGGCCCCUCAGGAGCCGGGAAGAGCACAAUUUUGCGCCUGCUCUUCCGCUUCUAUGACAUCAGCUCGGGCUGCAUCCGAAUAGACGGGCAGGACAUUUCUCAGGUGACCCAGAUCUCUCUUCGUUCUCACAUUGGAGUUGUACCCCAGGACACUGUCCUUUUCAAUGACACCAUAGCCGACAAUAUCCGCUAUGGCCGCAUCACAGCCAGGGAUGAUGAGGUGGUAGCCGCUGCUCAGGCUGCAGGCAUCCAUGAUUCCAUUCUGUCUUUCCCUGAAGGGUAUGAGACCCAGGUGGGUGAGCGAGGCCUGAAGCUGAGCGGUGGGGAAAAGCAGCGCAUCGCCAUCGCUCGCACCAUCCUCAAGGCUCCCAACAUCAUUCUGCUGGAUGAGGCGACAUCAGCACUGGAUACAUCAAACGAGAGGGCCAUCCAGGCCUCUUUGGCCAAAGUUUGUGCCAAUCGCACCACCAUUGUCGUGGCCCACAGGCUGUCAACUGUGGUCAAUGCUGACCAGAUCCUUGUCAUCAAGGAUGGCUGCAUUGUGGAGAGAGGACGGCAUGAAGCUCUGCUGUCCCGAGGUGGGGUGUAUGCUGACAUGUGGCAGCUGCAGCAGCGGGGACAGGAAGAAGUUUCAGAAGACACCAAGCCCCAGACCACAGCACGGUGACAAAAAUUUUGGCCACUUCCCUGCCAAAGGACAGUUUAGAGGGAAUAAUAUGGAUGGAUCCUUUUUCCCUGGGACAUUUCAUCCUGGUCUUGGCGUGUGGUGCUAGCUCAAGUCUGGGAAAGGGACCUUUCAGGAGAAGCAUGUGAGUAAAUAAAAGUAUAGACUCUG